AUGGCGACUCAAAAGCACAUUUUCGCUCCAGGAGGCAGUGACAACCCAAACCAAGCCGAGCAAUUCACCAGAGGCUCUCUAGAAUACCACCAGCUCAACGCAGAUCCAUUCAAACAAUUCGACAUCUGGUUCAAGCAUGCCACAGAAGAAAAAGUCCCUCAUCCAGAAACAGUCACCCUCUCAACCGCUUCACUUCCAUCCGGGAAAGUGAGCGCACGGACAGUCUACCUGAAAGAACUCGACGACAAGGGCUUUGUGAUUUACAGCAACUGGGGAACUUCUCAAAAGGCCAAAGAUGUGGCCUCCAAUCCGAACGCUGCUCUUACUUUUUUGUGGCAGGAUCUGGAGCGUCAAGUUCGUGUUGAGGGACCUUGUGAACGCCUUACUGCGGAGGAAAGUCAAGUUUACUACAAUACGAGGAUUCGAGGCAGUCGAAUUGGUGCUUGGGCGAGUCAGCAGACCAGUGUUUUAAAGGAUAGGGAGGAAUUGGAGCAGCAGUAUAGGGAUGUCGAGAAGAGGUUCGAAGGGCAGGAGGAGAUUCCAGUUCCCGAGUUUUGGGGUGGGCUAAGAGUGAAGCCGGAGAUGGUGGAAUUCUGGCAAGGUCGUGAAUCGAGACUGCAUGAUCGAUUCAGAUACAUGAAGGAAGAGGACGGCAAGUGGAAGAUUGAUAGAUUGAGUCCGUAG